AUGCCUCGAACACGGUCCAUGGCGAGUAACGCAUCGAAUCCGGCUUCCUCGAGCAGAGGUAAAACCCGGAAGGCCACGACUGUCAUAGAAGACUCGGAUGAUGACGGAGAAUCCUCCAGCGUGCGCAAUAUCCAGACCUACUUGGAGAAGCUGACCGACGACUUCUCGUUGCUAAAGGAGGAGAUCAGAGUAUUGAAGAACCGUAACCGUGAGCUAGAGGAGGAAGUCGAGAGAUCCAAGGACCAAGCGGAAGCCACUCGAGGGAGCGGCGGGCGACGGAAAGCGGAUUCGUAUGAAGUUGAAGAACUGAGGGCUCUGGUAAAUCACUUGAAAGCGGAAAAUCGCAAGAAGAACAGAGCUCUCGAAAAGAUGCAAAGGAGGGAGCUUGAGCGAGAGAAAGAGGACCUAUUGGACGUCGUACCUGGUGGCGAGCCCGGCGACGACUCCAUCGACCGGAUGAGAAAGAUUCUGAGAAGGUUUAACGACCUGAUGCUCGUCACAACGCUGGGGGAGGCAGAGGAGUGUCCAGUUUGUUUUGACAAGCUAGAACCAAAGGGGUGUUCUGCCUUUGCCUGUCAACAUCUCGUGUGCAACGAGUGUUUCAAGAAAGUUCUCCCUGAUAAGGACGAGCAGUACCCGUGCCCCUGUUGCCGCCAGAAGACCGCCAGAGAGGAUGUCGAACUCGUUCAUAUGACCGAGCAAGAACGUUGGGAUGACCUCUUGAAACUCGCGGAGGCCUGGGCUGCAUCCGACCAAAGGCCUGAGCUUGACACCAGCGAGGAGGAAGCGGAGGACGGUUUCCUGGUCCGCGACGGGGAGACCGUGACAUCGGCAUCUUCUGAGACGGGAGAAAUUGAAGAAGAAGAGGAAGAAGUCAAAGAUUCAGAGUCUGAAGGAACUGGGCAAGAGCAAGAACUGUCGUCGGAAGAAGCGAGUUCCGAUGCUCUCUCAACACCCCCGGCUGAGCAUCGUCCCUCCUACUUCGAGUCGCCUUCCAAAGAAAAACGGAAACGUUUGGCUGAACUCGCUGAAGAACGCGUUCGCAAACGACGCAAUAUUUGA